AUGGAUGCUCAGAUGGAUGCAGACGGACAAGUCAACAUCAUUCCACCUGUGUCCAAGAUAUCCAUGAUAGCAGGUGUGAAGCCUGCUCACAAUGAAAGGGUCUGCAGCACAUGGGGUAACUACCACUUCAAAACAUUUGAUGGGGACAUCUUCCAGCUGCCAUCGACCUGCAACUACAUCUUGACCUCACAGUGUGGUGCCACUUAUGAAGACUUUAACAUUCAGAUGAGGCGGCAAGUGGUGAAUGACCAGCCCACAAUCAGCAGGAUCACCAUGAAGCUGGAUGGCACAACACUGGAGAUUACCAAGAGCUCCAUCAUUGUGGAUGGCCAUGAGGUGAAUCUGCCAUUCGGACACUUUGGAGUGUUCAUUGAGAAAAAUCCCUCUUACAUCAAAGUCACAGCCAAGCUGGGGCUUGUGGCACUGUGGAAUGGGGAUGAUGCUCUCAUGGUGGAAUUGGACAACAAAUACAAAAAUCAAACCUGUGGACUAUGUGGUGACUUUAAUGGAGUGCAACUCUACAAUGAGUUCAUCAAAAAUGGCGUUGAGAUCUCUCCAUCUGAGUAUGGAUACUUUGCAAAGAUGGAUCAUCCAACUGAGAGUUGUACUGCAUUAGCCCCUACAUCAGAAGAGGAGAUUAGUACAAAUUGCACAAAACUGACCUCAGUGUGUGAGCAACUACUCUCAGGGCCAGCCUUCAGUAGCUGCAAAAACCUUGUGGCCCUUGAUUUCUUCAUCAAGGCAUGUGAAUCAGACAUGUGCCAAUGCAGCAGUAAUUCCAGCAUUUUCUGCUUGUGCAGCACCAUCUCAGAGUUCUCUCGCCAGUGUGUACAUGCUGGAGGGAAACCUAGCCAAUGGAGGACAGAACAGUUCUGCUCCAAAACAUGUCCUCAGCAAAACAUGGUGCACCAGGAGUGUGGGAACCCCUGCAUUGAUACAUGUUCAAAUCCUGAUAGAGGUCAGGUUUGUGAGGACCACUGUAUCGAUGGAUGCUUCUGCCCUGCAGAUUAUGUGUUUGAUGACCUCACUGGUAAAGGCUGCAUUGAUAAGACACAAUGCUCCUGCACCCACAAAGGAAAAAUCUAUCAUCCUGGUCAGACCUUCACUGGCAACUGUAAGGAAUGCACAUGUACCUCUAAUAGGUGGACCUGCAAAGAGACAGACUGCCCUGGGAUAUGUUCCGUGGAGGGAGGCUCUCACAUUAUUACAUUUGAUGGAAAGACAUACAAUUUCCAUGGUGACUGUACAUACAUCUUCACCAAGCAAACCAAUGGUACAGAGUUCACAGUUGUAGGAGACCUGGUGAAAUGUGGUCUGACUGAUACAGAGACUUGUCUGAAGGGAAUUACCCUGGCUCUGUCUUCAGGCAUCACGGUGUUCAACAUCCUGCCUGAUGGAAAGGUUUUUGUCAACAGAAUCUUUUCUCAGCUGCCAAUUUCUACAGCGGGUGUGAAUAUUUUCAGACCGACCACUUUUUACAUCAUUGUCCAGACAUCCUUUGGACUUCAGAUAGAGAUCCAGCUUAUACCUGUUAUGCAGGUUUAUAUAACCUUAGAUGUUACUCACAAGCAAAAUGUACUUGGCCUUUGUGGAAACUUUAACAACAUCCAAAGUGACGAUUUCACAACGAUGUCUGGAUCCCGUGAGGGUACUGGUGUAGGUUUUGCCAACAGCUGGAGGACCAGAGCUAACUGCCGGGAAGUGAAGAACACCUUUGAAAACCCCUGCAGUCUGAGCUUGGAGAAUGAGAAAUAUGCUCAGCACUGGUGCUCGCUGCUAUCAGACCCUAAUGGUGUGUUUGCGCCUUGCCACAGUGAGAUCAGUCCAGAUAUCUAUCAAAAGAAUUGCAUGUAUGACACAUGUAAUUGUGAGAAGAGUGAGAGCUGUAUGUGUGCAGCACUUUCUGCAUAUGCCCAUGCUUGUGCUUCUAAAGGUAUAAUUCUCAAUGGCUGGAGGAAUGCAGCAUGCAGGAAAUAUGCCAAUUGCCCCAGCACCAUGGUCUACUCCUAUGAUGUUCAAAACAGUACCCAGUCCUGCCGCUGCCAUAAUGACCCAGACUUCACUUGUGCAAUCACUUUUGAGCCUGUGGAUGGGUGCAUCUGUACUCAGGGAACAUAUCUUGAUGAGGAGGGGAAAUGUGUUCCAACAGCUAAAUGUUCCUGCUACUACAAAGGAUCAGUGAUUCCUCCUGGGGAGGUCAUCACUAAGGAUGGGACCAUGUGCACCUGCAAGAAUGGCAUUCUCAGCUGCAUCGGACAUUCCACUGAUGUCCCAUCUUGUUCCUCACCAAUGGUAUUCUUCAACUGCUCAGAGGCCAGCCCAGGAUCUACAGGCUCUGAGUGCCAGAAAAGCUGUAACACGCUAGACAUGGCCUGUAUCAGCACAGAGUGCAUUUCAGGCUGCAUGUGUCCCUCUGGGCUUUUAUCUGAUGGAAAAGGAAACUGCAUCAAGGAAGACCUUUGCCCUUGUGUUCAUAACAGUAUUCUUUACCAACCAGGAGAUACCAUCAAUAUUGAUUGCAAUACCUGCUCAUGCAAAAAUAGGAAGUGGCAGUGCACUACAGACUUGUGCCAUGGAACCUGUGCAACUUAUGGUGAUGGACAUUAUACCACAUUUGAUGGCAAAAGAUACAUUUUUGAUGGAAAUUGUGAAUAUACCCUUGUCAAAGAUCACUGUGGUCAUAGCAAUACCAGUGGCACUUUUAGAGUCAUCUCUGAAAACCUUCCCUGUGGAACCACUGGUACCACCUGCUCAAAGGCAGUCAAGCUCUUCCUGGGGAGUAAUGAGAUCAUACUAACAGAUGGAGGCUAUCAAGUUAUCCAAAGAGAUGGAGGAGAUGGAAUUCCCUACCAGAUCAUGUUUAUGGGAAUUUAUUUGGUGAUUGAGGCUAAAAAUGGCCUUAUUCUUAUGUGGGACCAAAAGACCAGUAUAUUCAUCAAGCUUAGUCCAGAAUUCAAGGGUGCUGUUUGUGGUCUCUGUGGAAAUUAUGAUGGGAAUGCAAACAAUGACUUCACCUUAAGAAAUCAGGGAGUGGUAAAUAAUGCCUUAGAUUUUGGAAACAGCUGGAAACAGUCUUCAAGCUGUCCUGAUUCUACCAACAUCAGCAACCCCUGUUUCUAUAACCUGUACCGCCAAGCUUGGGCCCAGAAACAAUGUAGCAUCAUUAUGGGUGAAGGUUUUACAACCUGCCACACUCAAGUGGAUGCAGCUCCUUUCUAUGAUGCUUGUGUGAGAGAUACAUGUGCUUGUGAUACUGGUGGAGAUUGUGAGUGUUACUGCACUGCUGUAGCUGCAUACGCAAAAGCCUGUAUUGAGGCUGGAGUCUGUGUUUCUUGGAGAACCCCUAAAGUCUGCCCAUUGUUCUGUGACUACUACAACUCUCCUCAUGAGUGUGAGUGGCACUACAAGGCUUGUGGCGUCCCCUGUAUGAAGACCUGCAGGAACCCCUCUGGGAAUUGUUCUAGUCAGAUACCACCCCUGGAAGGCUGUUAUCCCAUUUGUCCUGCUGAUCAGCCAUACUUUCACGAGGACAAAAUGAAAUGUGUGGUGAAAGAAAACUGCGGUUGCUAUGACCAGCAAGGGAAGCAUUAUAGCAAUGGAGAGGACGUCCCCACUACAGAAAACUGUCAGAUAUGGUAUGUUUAUACUUGA